GCCUUCCACGAUGCUCCGACUGCUGACUUCCCUCCUUCUUGUGGCCCUUGCCUCCGGCUGUGGCAGGCCUGCCUUCCAGCCCGCAGCCCGUGUUGUGAAUGGUGAGGACGCAGUUCCCUACAGCUGGCCCUGGCAGAUUUCCCUGCAGUAUGAGAAGAACGGACAGUUCCACCACACCUGUGGUGGCAGCCUCAUUGCCCCCGACUGGGUCAUGACUGCCGGCCACUGCAUCUCGAGCUCCCUGACCUACCAGGUGGUCCUGGGCGAGUAUGACCGGGCUGAGAACGAAGGCCCCGAGCAGGUGAUUCCCAUCAACUCUAAGGACCUCUUCGUGCACCCCCUCUGGAACCCCAACUGUGUGGCCUGCGGCAAUGACAUCGCCCUCAUCAAGCUCUCUCGCAGCGCCCAGCUGAGCGACAGGGUCCAGCUUGCCUGCCUGCCCCCCGCCGGUGACAUCCUGCCCAACGAUUCCCCUUGCUACAUCAGCGGCUGGGGCCGUCUCUACACUGGCGGACCUCUCCCCGACAAGCUCCAGCAGGCUCUGCUGCCCUCCGUGGAAUACUCUACCUGUAGCAAGUGGGACUGGUGGGGCCCCUCCCUGAAGGACACCAUGGUCUGCGCUGGUGGUGACGUCCGCUCUGGCUGCAACGGUGACUCCGGAGGACCCCUCAACUGCCCCGUUGGUGACGGCUCCUGGCAGGUCCAUGGUGUGACCAGCUUCGUGUCUGCCUUUGGCUGCAACACCCGCAAGAAGCCCACCGUGUUCACACGUGUGUCUGCCUUCAACGACUGGAUCCAGGAGACAAUGGCAAACAACUAAAACCCAGACCUGAAUGGCAGUGCCCACUCAUAAGCUUUGCAAAAAAUAAACAUCUCUUAGAAAACCUCAA